AUGCUCACAUUAGACAUGAUCUUGGCCCAAAUUGGCAUGCUGGUCCGGCUCGCAAUUUUAGCCUGGUCGAUUCUACUUCAAGACAAAGAAGGCAUACCCCCUGACCAGCAGAGACUAAUAUUUGCGGGUAAACAGCUGGAAGAUGGCAGAACCCUGGCAGAUUACAAUGUCCAGAAAGAAUCCACACUUCACCUUGUUUUGAGACUUAGGGGUGGUACCAUGAUUAAGGUUAAGACCCUUACAGGGAAAGAGAUCGAGAUCGAUAUCGAGCCAACGGAUACUAUUGACCGGAUUAAGGAGGGGGUUGAGGAGAAAUCUUGUAGUUCCCUUAAAUCGGUAAUGAUGGUGUAUUGUUUGUGUGACAGGCUGAGUUAUGCUGGCAAGCAGCUGAGGGAUGACAAAAUUGCCAAAGACUACAAUAUUGAAGGUGGCUCUGUUCUUCACUUGGUCCUUGCUUUGCGAGGUGGUUCUCUUUAG